GUUCACUAAUCAUUAAAUAUUAGCCUGUCCUUUUUUGAUUGCUUGACCACUGACCAAUACAAAUCCGUUUAGACUGUUGCUGUGGUGCUCAUUUUGGGUUUCAUAAGCGAGUCGAGUGCAUAGGUACAGGUCACGAUCACGAUCACAGGCCUCUGACGGUGAAAGUCACUGGCAAAAGCGUUCGAUAUUACACUUAGUACAAGUACUUACGGGUACUCACUCAACGAUUUGACGAUUUGGAAAUCGUGGUGUAUUGCUCACCGCCCGUUACCUACCGAAGGGAACGGCGGGGAAGGAGUGUGUCUUAUCAAGGCCUCACAGGAGAAGGUCUUGACGUUAGCCUUCAGGUCUAGUACGGAACGCCUAGGAGGCAUUCCGGCCACCUGCAUUGAUACACAACAUGGGGCCUAGGCCCCUGUUAGCAGCGCCUCCUUAUGUCCUCGAUGUCCCAGCAAAAUCCCACCAUUCGGACCCAAUACACUGGUGACAACUUGCAGCGUUAUCCUAAUCGGUCUAAUCCCGCGCAUAACGGUUCGUUGUCAGAUCCCCUCCUGACAACAUCUGUACUACCAUUUUCCUCCAACAUUUAUCAUCCUCUCGGAUCAUCUGAAGUGGUAGAACCUAACAACAGCGUAAAUGAAGGCCCUAGUCUAUCUACUAGUACCUCACUGGCUCAACACGCUUCUUGGGAUGGUGGAGUCGAAUCGGUUUCUCAGCCAGAGCAUUCCGUUUUUCAAUUUACUGCUAGUGGGACACCAGCAGCAUCACUGCCAAAACCGCCACCAAUGAGGUACCUUCAUACCGAUUUACCUGUGCUCAAUGUCGAGCAGUAUGAGGAAGGGGAUUAUUCAAAGCGGUCUUCCUCUAAAGUAAAUCAAAAGCCAAAUAUCACCGCUGUCCAUGCCAAUAAGGCUCCUAAUCCGAGGAAGAGGGGGAGGAAACCAGCGGACCAUGAUCAAAGAGAAGCAAAUGAGGAAGCCAAGAGAACCAGAGGUCGCCCACGUCUUGAAACGAAAGACCAGACUCCCACCGAGCGCCGACGAACCCAAAUCCGACUCGCACAGAGAGCAUAUCGUAACCGAAAGGAGAGUGCCAUCACGGACCUUCAGGCAAGAAUUAACGAUUUAAAAGACGUGAACAACGAGAUCAAUAGUGCAUAUCAAAAUCUUUUUGACUAUGCCUCGCAACGCGGACUCUUGGCCCAGGCACCCGAAUUUGGUCAGCAACUCCAAAGACUUCAGUCGCUUAUUAAGCAAACUCAAGAAGAGGACAUCCCUAAGCUCAGUGACCAGGACAGCCCGGAAGGGAAUUUCGAUGACAAUGUCCGGGAAACACAGGGGGCUGAAGACAUCGCCACCUUGAAUGAAGGGCCUAUUCCUAGGACACUGCCUACGACAUUACCCUCUACACUCCCUCCUACGCUGCCCGAGAGCCAGCCGGUAAACCCCUGGGGUGGGUUUCAAGUGACGCACGAACCCGUGAUUGAGGAAACAUCAGCCAGCGCAUCUAAUCUAGAUCCUUCGUUAAUUAAUCCCCAGUUACAUCAACAUCAAUAUGAGAUUGUUACGGCACCAACUCCUGACAAUGCCAGUUUUGGGACUCGUCUCCCUUUCGACAUGAAUUUCAACCCUGCGUUUACAAAUUGGGCGACGCACCCAUAUAAUCGGCUUACUGGUCCUCGAACAAUGUCUUUUCACGAAUGGGCGUUUGCUCGGAGGCUUCACCGACAUGCCGUCGAAAGGGCAUCAGCCCUGAUCAAUAUGCCUAAUCCACCUCCGACAGUUCUAUCACGGGUUUUUGGCUUCGUUAUGCUGUUCGAAACCGUCGAUGAGAUCAGAGCACGAACAACUGCAACUCUUAACCGGAUUAGAAAUGAACCUCUGAAUUACUGGGAGCAUCCUUUCCAUCAGCUUGGUGGCUCCGGUACUCAUUAUUCAGAACACGGUCCUUCAAGUCUUUCGGGAACAUCAGAUUAUCACAGCACCGGUUUUGGUACCGGACCCUUCAAUGAACGGACAACGAGAGUGCGCGAUACCCUAUUGGGAGUGUCUCAGUAUAUCAAUAUGAACGGUUGGGAAGGUACUUGGUUCGACUCGGGUGAGGUAGAGACCUAUUUAGCGCAGAACGGGAUAGUCAUACCGACAGCAGCUGAUUUACAUGUUAUCGAGGUUCCACCAAAUGCGUUCUCUGAUGUCCAAGUACCGCCUCAGAUCCAGCUCAUGCAGACCAUACCUCCUAAUACUUCACCUAUGUCACAUGGAAACCAAUCUUUUGCUUCUGGGGGAUCUGACAAUAGCUCGCCGCCUACAGGGCUUCCUACCUUUCCAGCCAGGCCACAUAUUCCUACUACGGGACCUCCUACGACACAAGGUGAUUCCUGGCCUCAUGUUUCUGUCACAUCAAAUCUCUAUGCAGCUUCGCAGCUUGCAGACGGAGGCGCCUCGAAUUUUACCGGCCUUGAUAACAUGGCUAAUGUCUUCCCCAACACUCCGUCUUACAUCUAUCCACAUCAAGAACCGGCGGCCCCUAUCCAACCCCCGGCAUCUAAGAGAGUUGUCUUGGACGUCAAUCGAUUCAUCUCUGACAUGAUAUCACAUGCUACUUGCCUCGGACGCGCCCCCGCGUUUAGGCCGAAAGAUAUCGCAAACUCGUUCUGGGGCGCUGUGGUGUCUGAAUGAUACAUGGUACAAGCUAAGACUUGGCUCGCGUGCCUUUUCUGUUAUAUACACACGUAUAGAUACACGAUACUGAGCGAGGAAGGGAUCUAACCGGCGUUAUGUUCAUUUGCCUAUUUUAUUCGUACAUAGAGAGGUAUAUAUACCAAGGUUAUAUGGGCGG